AGUACAAGAAGAAGUACGGGGAGGAACACGGCUCGUGCCAGGCAGGGAUUGCAGGCUUCUUCACCGAGGAGCUGGUCAUCAUGGGGGCACCGGGAUCUUAUUAUUGGACAGGAACUGUCAAAGUACUGAAUCUCACUGACAACACAUAUUACAAGCUGAACGAUGAUGCUGUGAUAGCCAGGCGGUACACGUACCUUGGAUAUGCCGUGGCAGCAGGUCAUUUCUCUCAGCCGACUACCACGGACAUUGUAGGAGGAGCUCCCCAGGAUGGAGGCAUCGGAAAGGUUUAUAUUUUCAGAACAGACAGACGAUCAGGCUCUCUAAUAAAGAUUUUUCAGGCUUCAGGGAAAAAGAUGGGCUCUUACUUUGGCUCCUCCUUAUGUGCAGUUGAUCUGAACUCUGACGGGUUGUCAGACCUGCUGGUCGGAGCACCUAUGUUUUCUGAGAUCAGAGAUGAGGGUCAAGUCACAGUCUAUAUCAACAGAGGAAACGGAGUGCUGGAAGAGCAGCUUGUCCUGAAUGGUGAUGGCGCCUACAACGCACACUUUGGGGAGAGCAUGGCCGCCCUUGGUGACAUCGAUGAUGAUGGCUUCCCAGAUGUUGCCAUUGGAGCACCUAAGGAGGAUAACUACAUAGGAGCAGUGUACAUUUACCAUGGGGAUGCCAAUGGUAUCGUACCUCAGUACUCUAUGAAGCUGUCUGGGCAAACAAUAAACCCAAUGCUACGGAUGUUUGGCCAGUCUUUAUCAGGGGGAGUCGAUAUGGAUGGCAAUGGUUAUCCAGAUAUGACCGUUGGAGCCUUCUUGUCAGACAAUGUGGUACUUCUGAGAUCCAGGCCUGUCAUUACCAUGGACAUCUCCAUUUUCCUGCCCGCGUCCAUCAAUAUCACAGCUCCUCAGUGCCAUGAUGGCUUGCAGCCACUGAACUGCCUCAAUGUCACAGCGUGCUUUCGCUUCAGUGGCAAGCGUGUUCCUGGAGAAAUAG